AGUGGGCGGAUCUCUUCGGCUUCUCCUUCUCAGUUAUAGACCGAGCAGCGGCGCUCAGCGCUUUCAGCCAGAGCUAAGCGCUCAUCCAGCGGGUUGAGUGUCCUCGAUCCUCGGCUAAAUUCACCAUAAUUACCAGUGAACAGGCCUGCGGGCACUAAACUUGAGGUUCGCCAUUGCCCUCGGAGCGAGACGGCGGAAUUUGAGAAAAGCGGUGCAUUUCGGGCUAAGUCUCUGAUCUAUCAUGUUGGGGAUUAAUUUUUGAGACACUACUAUCUGAAGACCACAUUUUUCAGUGUGUGGAGCCGCGCUGGGACGAACAGAACGAUCCUGAACAUUUUCUGUGAUCGUUUCGCGCGCUGUCGGAACGACAGAAGGGAGCAUGCGUGAGUAAAGGUUUCUACGGUGGGAUCUCAAGCUCCUCUCCCCAGCUGGAGCCCCUGCGCUGUAGGACACGAGACUGCCAUCCUUCAACCACACUGACUUCAGUCUAAUAGCAGAAGAAAGAAAGUCAUACACAUCUGGUUGGUGAGUCAUGAUGGUGUAAAGAUGAGGAAGUUUGCGUACUGUAAGGUGGUGCUGGCCACGUCUCUGGUGUGGGUGAUGCUAGACAUGUUCAUCCUGCUCUACUUCAGCGAGUGCAACAAAUGUGAUGACAAAAAAGAGAGAGGACUGCCGGGGAGAGACACUGUGGUUCAAAGGCAUCAUGAUGGCCCAGGGGAGAUGGGAAAGCCAGUGGUCAUCUCUAAAGACCGCCAGGAGAAGAUGAAGGAAAUGUUUAAGAUAAACCAGUUUAACCUGAUGGCCAGUGAGAUGAUUGCACUCAACCGAUCUUUACCGGACGUCCGGCUUGAGGGGUGUAAGACAAAGGUGUAUCCGGAUGAUCUCCCACGCACCAGUGUAGUCAUUGUGUUCCAUAAUGAAGCGUGGACAACCCUGCUCCGAACUGUCCACAGCGUCAUCGACAGGUCACCAAGACACCUGUUGGAGGAGAUCGUGCUGGUAGAUGAUUACAGUGAGAGAGACUUCCUGAAGCGGCAAUUAGAGCAAUACGUGCGGAAAUUGGAGGUGCCUGUUAGGGUGGUACGGAUGGAGCAACGGUCAGGUCUGAUUCGUGCCCGAUUGAAGGGGGCGUCCAUCUCCACGGGUCAGGUGAUUACCUUCCUGGAUGCCCACUGUGAGUGCACCACCGGUUGGCUGGAGCCUCUGCUCUCUCGCAUCAAACUUGACAAGAAAACAGUAGUGUGUCCCAUCAUUGAUGUGAUCAGCGAUGACACAUUCGAAUACAUGGCGGGGUCUGAUAUGACAUAUGGAGGGUUUAACUGGAAGCUGAACUUCCGCUGGUAUCCAGUUCCACAGAGAGAGAUGGACCGCAGGAAAGGAGACAGAACGCUGCCCGUCAGAACCCCCACCAUGGCAGGUGGACUGUUCUCCAUAGACAGAGAUUACUUUCAAGAGAUUGGCACAUAUGAUGCAGGCAUGGACAUUUGGGGAGGUGAAAACUUGGAGAUCUCCUUCAGGAUCUGGCAGUGCGGGGGAACGCUCGAGAUCGUCACGUGUUCUCACGUCGGUCAUGUGUUCCGUAAGGCGACUCCCUAUACAUUCCCUGGUGGAACUGGGCAGAUAAUCAACAAGAACAACAGACGACUGGCAGAGGUCUGGAUGGAUGAGUUCAAGAACUUCUUCUACAUCAUCUCACCUGGUGUGACGAAGGUGGAUUAUGGUGACAUCUCAUCCAGAACAGCUCUGAGACAGAGACUGCAGUGUAAGCCAUUCUCCUGGUACCUUGAAAUUGUCUAUCCAGACUCCCAGAUACCACGCCAUUACUACUCCCUGGGAGAGAUCCGUAAUGUGGAGACCAACCAAUGUCUGGAUAACAUGGCCAGGAAAGAGAAUGAGAAAGUUGGCAUUUUCAACUGUCACGGCAUGGGCGGCAACCAGGUUUUCUCGUACACGGCCAAUAAAGAGAUCCGAACUGAUGACCUCUGUUUGGAUGUGUCCAAACUCAAUGGCCCCGUUAUGAUGCUCAAGUGCCAUCACUUGAAAGGCAACCAGCUCUGGGAGUACGACCCAGUGAAGCUGAGCCUGGUACACGUGAACAGUAAUCAGUGUUUGGAUAAGGCAUCUGAAGAUGACAGUCAGGUGCCCAGCGUCAGGGACUGCACCGGGGGCCGCUCACAGCAGUGGCUUCUCCGCAACGUCACACUGCCCGAGAUAUUCUGAGAUCCCCACACACAAGCACAUGGAUGGACAGAUGGACAGAUGCUUACACCUUAGCUGGUGGAGAGAGAAAGAGAGAGAGAGGACUGCUUUUCUCUCAAUCCCUUAUGGUCUGCCUUUAAAUGAUAUAAAUGAACAGAACUGUAGCAUAUGUAUAUGAAUCUCCCCAUCACUCCACCUUGCUGAGGAACAGAACGAAAUAUGGAGAGAAAAAAACCACUUUUUUUUUUUUUUUGUGGAGAGAGAAACUUGAGUUUGAUGCCCUUAUCCUCCUCGUUUAAGGAGCAGGGGCCACUUUGGUUAUGUUUACGAGAACGCCUCCUUUUAGAGUAUUAGUGUUUGUUUGUGUGUCUGUGAUGAGAGUAUGUGAGCCAGAUUGUUUUCACCCUGUUAUUAGUUUAAUUUAAUUAUUUUUAAAGCCUUUUAGAAAUGAAGGGUAUUUAGCACAUGAAGGAGAGGCUAGCAUGUGUGUUUGAGUGCAUGUGUGUGAAUGCCGUUGUGUCGCAUAUCAGGAUGGAUCUGUGGAUGUUACAGUGGUCUGUUAUCUGUUUGCCCAACCUUAGAAGCAGGGACUCCCCCUACUGGCCAUUGACAAAUGUUGGCAUUGCCCUGACCUGUCUAUCAAUCUUAUAGUGUCAAGCGAGUGGACUACCUUCAAUCAAUCACUGUAUAGCUCUAUAAUCAAUUAACAGGAUGAUGAAUCAUCAAGGACAUCAUAGGACAUGUUUCAUAUCGUCAGUGUACAUGUAAAAAAUUUUUACACCAUUUUUUGGAGUGCCACAUAACAGCGCUUUUCAAUUUCUUUCUUUCUUUCUUUUUUUUAAGGACUUUUGUCGUGUUUGUUGUCUGUUUCUUAAAGGUAUGUUGGUAAGUUUAAUGGAUAGUUCACCAAAAAUGAAAAUUCUGUAAUCAUCUACUUACCUUUGUGUUGUUCCAGACAUGUUUGACUUUUUUUUUGCUUUGUGGAAGGUUCACAAGUUAGCCUCAGUCACCAUUCACUUUCAUUGUAUGGAAAAAAGAUGCAAGAAAGAAAGGUUUGGAGCAACAUGAGUGUGAGUAAAUAAUGACAGAAUUUUCAUUUUUGGUUGAACUAUCUCUUUAACACACAAUUUCAGGACUGUUCCUGAACUCACCCUGAACUGUUGCCUUCCUCUGGGUUUCAGCCCUUUAGUUGACAUGAGUUGCAUUACCCAUAACCAAAUGGGUUGAUCAGAAAGAGGUGGAUUUUCUUCUGUCAUAUCAUCCAAAAGUGCAAGGGCUUGGUGUGUCACUGUGUACAUGUGCGAGAGAUAAUGACUGAAUUCAACUUUUGUCUAAUAUCUUACUUGUUUACUUUCACAGAAUUGUUACUGAUGUGUUUUUAUGUACAAGAAUUACUUUUUGAAUUAAUCAGUUGAUACUUUUAGCAUCUGAAGAUGAUAGUCGGGUGCCCAGUGUCAGGGACUAGGAUGUAUUGGGAGCUGCUCACCACAUUUUAACUGAUGUGUAAAAACAGUCGGAUAGCCUGAAGAGAUUUACUCUGUGUUAUGUCUUGCAUUUCAGAUUCAUUCUUUUGAUUUUAGUUUCAAAUUGUCUGUCAUUUCAAUUUUGUGAAUCCAGUCUCUCCAAUGUCAUAUCAGAAGAGGAAUAGGAAAUUAAGACUGAAGGAUGCUGCUCAGUUGAUAUCAAAGGAGGAUGGACAAUGAAAGAUAACGUAUCUCUUCUGAAUUUUGUCAUGUGGAAUCAGGAAUCAAUCCUGAUAUUUUUGCCCUCAAUAACUCUUGACCCUAUCCAAAUGCUUUAACAAAUCUUUCUCUCCUCGUAUCCUGGUUCUAAUUCAGUGCUGUUUUUUUUUUUUUUUUUUUUAACUGGAUAGAUGAAACCUGCAGAGAGAGACUGAGUUCCAUCUUAUUUCCACAUAUCCAGCCAUAUAAAGAUUCAAAUUAUCUGAUUCUAAAAAUAUUUAAAAUUAAGAUUUUAAAUAAAAAAUGUAAGAUUCUGAAAAACAUUCUAAAUAAUGAUUCUAAAUUCUAAAAUUCUAAAAGAUUUUAAAUAAAAAUUGUAAGAUUCUGAAAAAGAUUCUAUGUACUGAUUCUAAAUUAUCUAAAAAAAUAAAAAUAAUAAAAGAAAAUUCUUUAUAAAAUGUUCAGCUGCAGAGAGGGAGAUGAGGUGAUGAAGGUAAAGUCAAGUAUUUGGACAGGGCCUCAGGAUCAUCUGUAGACAUGUGAGUAUGAAUGAGUGUGUUUAUAUCUGUCAAAGGGAUGUCUUUCGUUCUUUUUUUUAACCUGAUGCGGGUCUGGCCUGCUGAUUGGUGGGUUAGAGAGUCCUGUGUUGAGAUGAUUCACAGGCUGGAGAAAUAAACCACAGAAAGUUUACAGUUUAA